AUGUCUAACGCUGACAUUAAUUUUGAGAAUACAGAAUCCCUUUGUAAUUUACUCGCAAUCACAUACGUCCCUUAUAGCGAAGAAGCUGCUUGUGCUGCACAACUUCAACAAGAUUCAUGUGUCUCAACUUUAAAAAACGCCAUCAAUAGUUGUGUUGGUACUGACUAUGAUUUGAGAGUGUGUUAUAAUCAAUGUUCUUCUGACCCACAAUCCAAGUCUGAUGCUGCAGGUGUAGAUGGAUCAAUCACAACUUAUUGUAUUGACGCCUCAGACGCUUCAUCGCGUGCAUCAGCCACUAAAACCUCUUCAACGUUGUCUGGAAUUCCGUUAGCCACAACGACUGAAAAAACAGGAAUAAUAUCUUCAACGGCUACAACAGAUAACAAUACUAUUUAA